AUGAUAACACAAAUUCCUGAGCAUAAAAUACAUUUUUUCAAUAUUGAAUCAGCUAAUUGGUAUGAUCCUACCACUGAAGAAAUACCACUUGAGAAUGUUCAGUUGACUGAGUAUAAAAAUGGCGACAUAAUUGAAUUACAACAACAGGAUUUUAUUUAUCUUAUAAAACAAUUUCUACUUGCGGAUAAAUUAUUUAAAGAUUAUCAAUUUGCUGAAGAAUCAUUUUCACUUAUUGAAAAUCAAGUUUUACGCAGACCAAUAGAAAUUGUAGGUGACCCUGUUUUUUAUUCAACUGAUAACAAAAAGUUUCACGUAAAACAAGGCAAUUUGGGAGAUUGUUGGUUCAUAGUUGCACUUGUUCAUCUUCAAAACCACAAAGAUUUAUUUAAUUUUAUUGUCAAUCCAAAUACCCAGAACUUUGACGAUGAUAGUUAUGCUGGAAUAUUUCACUUCAGAUUUUGGCAAGGAGGAAUAUGGGUUGACGUUGUUAUCGAUGAUCGUCUUGCAUUUAAUACUCAAGAUAAGAAACUUGUCUAUGCAUCCUCAGGAUUUAACAAUGAAUUUUGGCCAGCUUUAGUCGAAAAAGCUUAUGCAAAAUUACUCUAUCGAUCAUAUCAAAGACUCGAUGGAGGUCAUUCUGGAGUUUCAAUGAGAGAUUUUACUGGAGGUAUUAUUGAAACAUACAUUGUCAAAAGAUCAGCAAAUGAAUCAUUUAUUAUUUUACGAGAUUCAAUAGUGAAAACUUCAAUGAUAAGUUGUGAUGUUUAUGAUGAAGAUGGCAUAACAAAAUUAGCACUAUCAACAACUGACGGAAAAUGGAUGGGAGGAAUAAACAUUAAGGAAGCAAAAGAUAGUGAUAUAUUUGGUUUUUUUCCUCAAUAUCGCAUGCUGACGACAAAGCCAGAUAAAGGAAAAGAGACAUGUGAUGUUCUUGUUGGUCUGUCAAUAAAACAUAGAUAUGACUUGGCUCAUGAAAAUCGAGCUGUAUCUAAACCAUUGAAGUAUAUGGAAUAUAUACCUAUUUAUCCACUUCGUCGUAGUGGUCAACUUGGUGUUAGGGUCAACUUAAAACCACAUACUACAUAUUACAUUAUACCAUUUACAGCUGACACAUUUAAAGGGCCAACUUUUUUUUUACAAUUAUUAUCUAAGCAUGAUAUUAUUUUGGAAGAGUAUGAUCGAGAUAUUGAUUUACCCAAUAUAGAACAUAAGUUUGAUAUAAUAAAAUCUGCAUACAUUCAAGACAGUGAUCAUCAACUUUUUUUGAAUAUGGCAUUUCAAAAUGAUCAAACAAUUGACUUUAAAAGAUUAUAUAAUAUUUUGAGACAUGAAAGUUUCUCAUUGAAUCAAAAUUGUCAUAUUAUACAUCAACUCGACGACUCAAUCAUUCCUGAGUUGGACUUGUUAUCAGAUUUAGAUGACUUUGUACCAAAAAAUAUACUGUCUAUUGCAAGCCUGACAAAAAUAACAUUAUUGUGUGAAGAAAUAUUUGAAAGAUUUGAACUACCAGGCUUUCGUGGAUAUAGUCAUCAUUCUUUCAUCAAUCGUGCUUUAGAAAAAAGUGGAUAUAUUAUAAAUGCCAAUAUUUUCAACUGUAUAUAUUCAUUCUGUGUCGAGGAAAAUGGAACAGUGAAUAUUAAUGAUUUCAUAUUGAUUGUAUUAAAUCUCAAAAGUAGAAUUGGAUCAUACUAUUGUGAGGAAUUCAAUGCAAAAUUGACUCAAAGUUUAAUUGCAAUGAAAUAUGGAAAUUUGGAUGAUAUUUUUUUCCACCAGUUUGUACAGGCUGUUGUUGAUAUAACACAAAUAUUUGGAAAAACACAACAAACAACAACCAAAAAAGAAGGUCAAAAUUUAAAUGAAAUUUACAAUGAGAUGUUUCGUCGGCAUUGGAAAAAGAAACAGGAAAGGAAAAAUUCAAUUGACAAAAAAAGAGAAGCUGAUCCUGCAUGGGAUGAGGAGAUGGACUAA